CUCACGUGACCAAGAGCUGACGUGUGCAGAAGUCCUUCUUGUCCUAGUCGUUGUUCCCGUCUGAGUACUAGCUCCCCAUUGCCCUGAGGGCGGGCGGGCCUGCGGCUGAGGAAAGAAGGGGAGGAGAAGGGGAGGAGAAGGAAAUUGUCCCGGAUCCCUGCAGGUUAGUGCCUGGGAGAUUCCAUAUAGUGGGGGUGGUCGAGGGUGUAGGGCGGGGACCGUCGCGGGUCCAGAGGCACCUUCGUCGUCUCUCCCACUCGCUGCCCGCUUUCCAAGACAUAUGUCCCGCUUGCAGCCCAUUUCGAUGCUGAGAAACGGUGAGCAGAGGGGUGUUUGAGGAGGAGCCCAGAGAUCGGGAAAUUGGAAUGUGCUGGGAGCUGAGGCCCGCAGUCCGGAAAAGGAGCUGUGGCCUGGGUGUUGGCCUCUAGUCCACCAAAACAGUGCCGGCAGGGAAAGGCUGGACGUGGGGGUCAGGGGUGGCAAGGUGCGACGUAAUUUGUCAGCAGAACGCCUAGAGGGGUAAUGGGGAUGAGAAACGUUUGACAGCCAGGCCUCCAAAUUAGGAAAGAGUUUCGUGUUCUGGGGACUAGUCCGUCCACUAAGCGCUCAGUAGCGGCUGUUUCCGUCCUUUUGCCUGUGCUGUGUCUUCCUGACGAUGGCUCUGUCUCUAGUGGGUCCGAGCCUCUCCCGGGUGGGCAGUCUUUCCGUAGGUUGCGGCACGCUGCCAGGCAAGAGAAGAGGAAGGAAAUUAACCCUGGUCGGUGAAGGUCGAUUUGAGGGUCUGCUGUAGCAGGUGGCCCUGUUUGAAACAAGGGAGGAAGUUUCCUCCGAUCAGUAGAGAUUGGAAAGGUUGUUGGGCGUGGCACACCUCCAGGGAAGGGAAGAAUUAGUAAACUGCCUAUUUUGAGGUCCACUUCUAGAAUCAGCUAUUGUGGCCUUGAAGUGGCUGAAGACUGAUCACCCUUCACAGGCCUACACCCAAGGCCCACAGCCCUCUUCCCCCAGCCUGAGUGACUACUCUAUUCCUUGGUCCCUGCUAUUGUCAGGGACGAGUGCAUGGGCUACGCCAGGAAAGUAGGCUGGGUGACUGCAGGCCUGGUGAUUGGGGCUGGUGCCUGCUAUUGCAUUUAUAGACUGACUCGGGGGAGAAAACAGAACAAAGAAAAAAUGGCUGAGGGUGGGUCUGGGGAUGUGGAUGAUGCUGGGGACUGUUCUGGGGCCAGGUACAAUGACUGGUCUGAUGAUGAUGAUGACAGCAAUGAGAGCAAGAGUAUAGUAUGGUACCCACCUUGGGCCCGGAUUGGAACUGAGGCUGGAACCAGAGCUAGGGCCAGGGCCAGGGCCAGGGCUAACAGGGCACGGCGAGCUGUACAAAAACGGGCUUCCCCCAAUUCAGAUGACACCAUUUUGUCCCCUCAAGAGCUACAAAAAGUUCUUUGCUUGGUUGAGAUGUCUGAAAAACCUUAUAUUCUUGAAGCAGCUCUAAUUGCUCUGGGUAACAAUGCUGCAUACGCAUUUAACAGAGAUAUUAUUCGUGAUCUGGGUGGACUCCCAAUUGUUGCAAAGAUUCUUAAUACUCGGGAUCCCAUAGUUAAGGAAAAGGCUUUAAUUGUCCUGAAUAACUUGAGUGUGAAUGCUGAAAAUCAGCGCAGGCUUAAGAUAUACAUGAAUCAAGUGUGUGAUGACACAAUCACUUCUCGUUUGAACUCAUCUGUGCAGCUGGCUGGACUAAGAUUGCUUACAAAUAUGACUGUUACUAAUGAGUAUCAGCACAUGCUUGCUAAUUCCAUUUCAGAUUUUUUUCGUUUAUUCUCAGCAGGAAAUGAAGAAACCAAACUUCAGGUUUUGAAACUCCUUUUGAAUUUGGCUGAGAAUCCAGCCAUGACUAGGGAACUGCUCAGGGCCCAAGUACCCUCUUCACUGGGUUCCCUCUUUAAUAAGAAGGAGAACAAAGAAGUUAUUCUUAAACUUCUGGUCAUCUUUGAGAACAUAAAUGACAAUUUUAAAUGGGAAGAAAAUGAACCUGCUCAGAACCAAUUUGGUGAAGGUUCACUUUUUUUCUUUUUAAAAGAAUUUCAAGUGUGUGCUGAUAAGGUUCUGGGAAUAGAAAGUCACCAUGAUUUUUUGGUGAAAGUUAAAGUUGGAAAAUUCAUGGCCAAACUGGCAGAGCAUAUGUUCCCCAAGAGCCAGGAGUAACUCCUUGAUUUUGUAGUUUAGAAGCAGCACACAUUGUAAACUAUUCCUUUUCUCCACCUUGUUUAUAUGGUAAAGGAAUCCUUUCAGCUGCCUAUUUUGAAUAAAGAGUAUCAUACUGUAUCAUCAAAGCUGACAUUUAACCAAGUUGGUCUUCAGGUUUAAGCUGGAUGAAUGAAUUCCAAUACUCAUUCUGAAUACAUGUUUGUUGCUUUUUAUCUCACUGCCUAGAUUGAAAUAUUUUUACUAUUUCCUCUGCAUAAGUGACAGUGAACCAGUUCGUCAUAAGUAAGCUCCCUUUUGUCAUUUGCAUUGAUUUCAUUUAUGUAUCAUCAAUAAAGUUGUGUGUUAAAUGCUGGAAAGAAAAAAACAAGAAAGAAGAAAGAAACCAUCUUUGUCCUUCAGUUUAUAAUCUAGUUGGAGAGAUAAGAAACAUGCAAACCAAAAGAUAACCAAGAAUAUCUGAAGCAUACGCUCAUUAUCAGAUGUGUGCUUUGACAGUACAGAGGAAGCAAAGGCUUCUGUGGGAUGUGCUAGCCUGCUGAAGCUUCACGGAGGAGUUGGCCAUUGAAAAUGAGUCCUGAAUGGGGCAGGAUGGUUAGGACAUAACAUGGGAAAGGAGGAAGGAGAGAAUGGUUGGAGAAAGCCAUGGAGGUAGGAACCUUCUUCCUAUGACAGUCAGGAGACAAAUCUGCUCAGAGUGGAAAGUGUGAGGAGUGAGUAAAUAAAUUUGGAAAUCUGGAUGAAGCGCAUUUUGGAGAGCUGUUUGAAUAUUAUCCCAUUGAGCACUAAGACCCAUUAAAUAUUUUUUACUAGAAAAUAAUUGGGAUCUACAUGAAAGUCUCUCUUUACUACUGUGCAGUAUCAAUGUGGGUGUGCGAAGUGAAGUGGUUCAAAACCCUGGCCAUUUGGUAACACAUACCAUAAACCUUAAAAUAGGUAAGCCCUUUAUCCUAAGGAAGUAAUUAAAUCAUUGGCCAAAGAUUGUAUGUACAAGGCUGUUCAUCCCAAGCACUAUCUGUGGUAGUCAAGAUUGGAAACAACUUUUAAGUAUCUAGCAUACUGGAUUGGUUAAAUAAAUUAAGGCAUGUUCACACAGUAGUAUCUGAAAACUGUGGUGAUAAAAAUCUACAGUGCCAGGAAAAACUAUUCAUCAUGCAUUAUGAAGUGAGAAAGGUAGGCUACAUAGCAGUAUUCGGAGUAUGAUUCCAUUUAUUGAGAAUAAUAAAAUGUAAGUUUAAAAAAGACACUAAAAACUCUGAAAUUAUAGAUAGCCAAACAAUAAUGAUAGUUGUCUUUGGAUGGGAGAAUAAUGAGUGAUCUUUAUUUUUUCACUUUUUAUUCAUCUAUGUGUUCUUAUUUAUCUAAAAUUAAUAUUGAUUUUUAGGAAAUAUUUGAAAAAGUGUUGGAAAUGAAGCAAGUGAUUGGAGCACAUAUUGAGUCGAAGAAAUGUUUAGAUUAAAAAUGAGGUGGGUUGAAGUUUCCUCUCCUAAAUGAUAGAUGAGUGGUGAAGAUGGGACUUUUUGUAAGGAUUAAAUGAGGUAAUAUGCACAGUACUUACUAUCUUCUGGCACAUAGCAGUUAAUUAAGAAAAGUGAGCACCUUUAAUUAUCUAGAAUGCAGGGUUGAUAGUUUUUUGAUUUACCUUUGUUUUGCUGGGGCAUUCUGCCGUGGUGUUUCAGUGUCAUUUAAUAAAUAAUAAUAACAAUAAAGUUUAACAUUUAUUAAGUGA